AUGGAGAAGUUGCUGACGGAGCAGCCUACUACCAAGCCGCCUACGAAGCAGAUAGAAGCAGCCCACAAAGCCGCCAUUGAAGCUUCAAGCUUUCAAGGAAUAACCUACAAAGCAGCCAACGAAGCCGGUGGAGAAGUAGCUGACGGAGCAGCCUGCCAUCAAGCAUCCCACGAAGCACGGUUGCUGGGCUGCAAAGGGCGGCGGAAGCGGUUUCUGGACUGCAAGGAGCGGCGGAAGCGGUUGAUGUGCUGCAAGGCGGCGGAAACGGUUGAUAUGCUGCAAGGAGCGGCGGAAGCACUUGCUGGGCUGCAAGGAGCGGCGGAAGCACUUGAUGUGCUGCAAGGAGCGGCGGAAGCGGUUGAUGUGCAGCAAGGAGGGGCGGAAGCACUUGAUGUGCUGCAAGGAGCGGCGGAAGCACUUGAUGUGCUGCAAGGAGCGGCGGAAGCACUUGAUGUGCCGCAAGGAGCGGCGGAAGCGGUUGAUGUGCUGCAAGGAGCGGCGGAAGCACUUGAUGUGCUGCAAGGAGUGGCGGAAGCGGUUGAUGUGCUGCAAGAGCGGCGGAAGCACUUGAUGUGCUGCAAGGAGCGGCGGAAGCGGUUGAUGUGCUGCAAGGAGCGGCGGAAGCGGUUGAUGUGCUGCAAGGCGGCGGAAGCGGUUGAUGUGCUGCAAGGAGGCGGAAACGGAGCGGCGGAAGCACUUGCUGGGCUGCAAGGAGUGGAGGAAGCACUUGCUGGGCUGCAAGGAGUGGAGGAAGCAGUUUCUGUGCUGCAAGGAGCGGCGGAAGCGGUUUCUCGGCUGCGAGGAGCGGCGGAAGCGGUUUCUGGGCUGCGAGGAGCAGCGAAAGCAAUUGCUGGGCUGCGGAAGAGUUGGCUGGGCUGCGGAAGAGUUGGCUUGGCUGCGUAA